AUGGAUCUGGGACUCACUGAAAUCCAGCAGAUGCUGAAAUCCAGCGCGCAGGAAUUCUUGGCGCGGGAAUGCCCCACCACCUUGGUUCGGGAAAUGGAGGAGGAUGAGCGGGGCUAUCCCGACGAACUCUGGAGGCAGAUGUCCGGGCUCGGUUGGGCCGGCGUGCCAUUUCCCGAACAGUACGGCGGGACCGGCGGCGACUUUCUUGAUCUGGCCGUGUUGCUGGAGGAGAUCGGCCGUUCACUGGCACCCAGUCCGUAUUUCUCCUCGGUGGUGCUGGGCGGUUUGACGGUACUGGACGCUGGCAGCGACGCCCAGAAAGACGACCUGCUCAGCCGGGUGUGUGACGGCAGCGGCAUUUUGACGCUGGCGAUCACCGAGGCUAGCGCGACCUUCGAAGCCUGGGGUGUGGAGACCACCGCCACCACCGACGGGAACGGUUUCGCCCUGAACGGCACCAAGUUGUUCGUCCCGGAUGCCCACGUCGCCGACGUGAUCAUAGUUGCGGCCCGCACCAAUCAGAGUGGCCCUCCUGAGGCGGGCAUUACGUUGUUCCUCGUUCCCGCCAGGAUGGAGGGCUUGGAAGUAACGCCCAUUCGAACUAUCGGUUCGGAGCGACAGUUCGAAGUCUCGCUGAAUAACGUCCGUUUACCAUCCAGCGCAGUAUUGGGCGAGGUAAACGGCGGUUGGGCCAUAGCAGAUCGGGCGAUUCAGCGGGCCAUCGCCGGCCAGUGUAUCACCAUGCUGGGUGGCGCGACUGCUGUCCUCGAUAUGACCGUUGAGUACGUCAAGCAGCGUACCCAGUUCGGUCGCCCCGUGGGCAGCUUCCAGGCCGUUCAGCACCACUGUGCCCAGAUGGCCACGGAUGUCGAAGGCUGCCGGGGAGUGUCCUACCAGGCCGCGUGGAUGCUGGCCGAGGGUUUGCCGGCGCAGCGAGAGAUCUCCAUCGCCAAGGCGUGGAUCAGCCAGGCUUAUCGUCGCGUCUGCGCAACGGCCCACCAGUGCCACGGUGCCAUCGGGUUCACCAAGGAGCAUGACCUGCAGCUGUACACCCGCCGGGCCAAAGUCCAGGAAUUGGGUUACGGCGACGUUAACUAUCAUAAGGAACUGGCGAUGGCGAGCAUCGCCGGCGAAUAA